AGAAAUACAGGUUCCCACUCCAAUCUUGCCUAGAAUAGGAAUUUCCGUCUUGUACAAAUCAGUUGCAAGACUGACAGUGAGGAGUGAGAUAUAUAAAGCUGGGGAUGGCUGUUGAUAGCAGGUGAGACCUUUCAAGAAACACUUUCAAGAGCUUAAAAGCAUUCUCUACCUGUUUGUAGGAAUCUUUCAAUAUCCUGAAAGAUGGUUGAAGCUAUACUGAUAGAUCUGUUCAGCCUGCCAGCCAGCUUGCAGAGCAACAUCCAAGGAGAACUGUAUAAGAAGCUUGAAACUGUUGAGAAAUGCUCUUCCAUCCCUGCUCCAUUUGUUUAUGUCAUGUGUUGCCAGCAGCAAGGGUGUGAAAGGAAUGAUGAACAGGAGUUCUUGCUUCCAGCCCUGAGAGAUUUUCAGAGUCUGAAGAAAAGACUGGAGGUGGUACAUGCUCUGACUACAGCUGCUGCUUUGUACACCAUCAAACAAAGUCUGGAUGAAAAAGACCUGAGCACCAUUAAAGUUAUUCUCCCCGCUUUAAGAAAAGAUUUAAUGAAAGUAUACAUAGACCAUCUCUUUACACCAGUCUACAAGUUUGAAUUUGAGGAUUUACAGGUAGCAGCUGAUUGUAAAAACCUACAGAUAGCUGAACCUCAGAGUGAAGAGCAAACACUUUCCACACAGGCCAUGGCACUCAUCCAGAGUGAGAUUCAGAUGUACUUGGAAAGCCUUCCGAGCCUGAAAGGGGAGCUUACAAUCCUCAGAUCUCCCUUGAUCCCAGAUGACAUCUUCCUACAUGGCUUUACCACAAGGACAGGUGGAAUCUCCUACAUACCAACUCUGAGCUCCUGCAAUCUCUUCAGCAGUUCCAAGAGGAGGGACCCACAAAUUGUUGUUAAAGAAAACCUCCGCCGGCUCGCUAAGGCCGCAGGUUUUAACCCAGAGACUUUUCACAGAGUCAAGACCGACCAUGCUAACGCUGUGUGUGUUUUGGGGAAGACAGAGCCUGAAAGCUAUGAUGGAAUAGUUACAAAUCAGAAAGGUGUUACAAUAGCAGCUCCAGGGGCUGAUUGCAUACCUGUGCUCUUUGCUGAUCCUGUCAGAAAAGCCUGUGGUGCUGCUCAUUCUGGAUGGAAAGGCACAUUGUUAGGAGUUUCUAUGGCCACGGUGAAUGCUAUGGUAUCUGAAUAUGGCUGUAAUGUGAAAGAUAUCCUUGUGGUGCUGGGCCCAUCUGUAGGACCUUGCUGCUAUAAACUUCCUCAGGAAUCAGCAGAAGAAUUUCACAGAAUUGAUCCAAAGUGUGUGAGACUGUUUGACUCUGCAAGUCCUUACAUUGAUAUUAGAAGAGCAACACGGAUUCUUCUUGAGAGUGGUGGGAUUCUUCCUGAGAACAUUCAAGAUGAUUCUGUCACAGACCAGAAGCAAAAUAUCACUUUCUGUACUGCAUGCCACCCUGAUAAAUUUUACUCUCACUUCCGUGAUGGCACCAACUUUGGAACACAGAUUGGCUUCAUAUCAAUCAAAGACUGAGACAGCAUCUCUUAUCCUUGAGUAGCAUUUAGACACUAAGUCUGGUAUCCUGCUCUCCUGAUAGAAGUCCUUCCUCCUUUCUUUCACAGACUUGCAAUAUGCAGUUCACAGGUCUUGUGAUUCUUCUGCUUCUUUCCUUCUCUGCCAUUCUGAGGCAAGAAGAAAUGUCUAUGGUAGGGGGCCAGUAACUCCUGUGUGGGAUGGUGCAAAAGUAACAAGGACAACCCACAUGUGGGACAAAGCCCAUCUGCAAGCCCAGAUGCAAGCUGCAAUUUUUUGGACCUUUUUGAGCAAAUAUUUCCCAGAAACCUCACUGCCUUAAGUUGGUGGAAGCAGAAAACCACAGUUUUUAUUGUCUUCUGGGUGAGACUUCUGAGUGGAGUGAAGUUUCACAUUACUGGUACAGAAGCCUGUAUUGAACAUUAGCUGUUUGAAAACACCCAACUUUGGCAGUUUCAGCUGAAGAUUAACCUUAUGAAAUUAUGUGCCUGGAGUUGUUUUUCUUCUUUGGAUUAAUUUAAAGAAGAGCUGCAAACCCCAGAUCUUUUAUUAUGGAAAAUAAUUUGAAAGUGAGAAGCAAGCAAGUUCUUUUGGGGGAAGCACUGAAAACAUAUGAACCCCCAGCAUUCUCUAUUUUUUGAUUGUAGAAAAAGUAGGACUGACUUAACUAUUAUAUGACAUGUGUGUUCAUGUUUCCUUGGGAUUUUUUUUCUUUAACCUCUUGGUGCUCUGCUAAUGUCCAUGGAGACAGUCUCAAUAGUGCCAGGUUAUUCAAUAAAUACCUAAAAAGGGGAGUAAAUUUAGCCUCAGUUACUUUACUGACCAAUAGUUGACUUGUCUGUCUCAAUAAGCAAAUUUUAAGUGUGCACUCCUUUCUUUUGGCCUGAAAUA